UUGAAAGCACCGGGAGCAGCUCUGCACCACCCCCAAAAAUCGGGAUAAAUCCCCAUAAAAAUCCCAAACGGAGCUAUGAGCGCUCGGAGCUGAGCAUUCCCGUUUUUCCCAGCGGCAUUCCCGAUUUUUCCAGCGGCAUUCCCGUCGUUGUUUGCAGCAUGUCCUUCGCCAUGCUGCGCUCGGCGCCGGGCCGGUUCCUGUACCCCGACAUCAGCGCGCUGUCCGAGGACGAGGAGAACAGCGAGAGCUCCGGCUCGGAGGAGAAGCCGUUCCACAUGGACGGGCCGGGAUUCGGGAUGAAGGGAGGCAAGCGGAGGAGCGGGAAGAGCCGGGGCAGGAUGUCCCGGGAGCCGCGGCAGCGACACACGGCCAACGCCCGGGAGCGCGACCGCACCAACUCGGUGAACACGGCGUUCACGGCGCUGCGCACGCUGAUCCCCACCGAGCCGGCCGACAGAAAGCUGUCCAAGAUCGAGACGCUGCGCCUCGCCUCCAGCUACAUCUCGCACCUGGGCAACGUCCUGCUGCUGGGCGAGGCGAGCGGCGGCGGGCAGCCGUGCCACGGGGCGGCGGGGGCGGCCGGAGCCGCGGGGUUCUACCCCGGGGGCAGCGCCUCGCCCCCCGGCAGGGACGGGGAGAGCGGGCAGCCGCGGCAGAUCUGCACCUUCUGCCUCAGCAACCAGCGCAGGAUGAAUGAGGACAGGGAUACUGGGAAUGUUGUGAGAGUGAAGAGAAUGUGA